GAUGGGUGUUUUUAUUUUUCUUUUCAAUAGUAAAUCAUAUCUCAAUUGUUUGAAGGUCGCUUGCCUUCGAUUCAUGGGGAAACUUCAAUGAUGUAACGAGACCGAAAAAGAAAUCCUAUAAAUACAUACAGCAAGCAAUUGCCCUGGUCUAUUGGAGGACGCUUGAAGAGAAGAGAGAAAAUGGCAGGGCACGGAGGGCACGGAGGACAUGGAAUAACUCACAAUGGAUUCACAAUGCACCCUCCCAAGACAUGGCACGCGAGAACUGGCAAGUUCAUGUGCGCCGUCAUGUGGUUUUGGGUUUUAUACAGAGCAAAGGAGGAUGGUCCAGUGCUCUUGGGAAUGCGACAUCCAUGGGAGUCUCAUGGACAUGAUCACAGUCAUGGGCAUGCACAUGCACAUAAGGAAGAACACAAAGAUUCUCAUUAAGAUCUCAAAGUGUUCCCUAUGAACAAAGUUUGAUACUCGAUAUCUACUGUUAAAGCUAUUGAGUACACUGUGUUUUAAUAUCGAAUCUUCAAUGCUCAGUUUUAUUAAGGACUUUUGCAUUCUUGGCUGGGCGCUAUAGGAAUAAGAAUUGCAUACAUUUAUUUGUGUUAGCCUGCUUACUGGGCUUUUGGUUGAUGUAGAUCUUUUUUUGAAUUCAUAAUUAUACUGGUUAUCAUAUUUAUCUAUUUGAAUCCAAAUCUGAAGAGAAUAUUUGGUUA